AAACCGAAAAUGUUGAUCUUGUGGUCGCACACAAACGAACGAACCAAAAAAAUAACAACAGACAGACGAAACGAAACGAUUUGAGUUUUCGUUCGCUCCAGUUUGAUAGUUAAUUGAAAGUUUUAAAAUGAAAGUUGAUGCUGAGCCGAAACGUUCGUCGUCAGUGUUGUGUGCGCUCUGGAGCUCGUUUUGUUGUCGAAUUGAAUUUGUGUGAAUUUUUGAACGGAGAUUUUUUUUUCUUUUGGUUUCUCUGAUUUCAUUUCUUGCGAACCGAUCGGAGUGAAUUUGUGAUUGGCUAAUUUUCAAAGAGGUUAUCGCAUACGUCGUUGUCCAAUGGAGAACAGAAGUCGAAAUUUUUAGCCUGACCCCAAAGAUCAAUGUGAAAUAAAAAAAACUUUUGCGCAAUCAAAACAGUAGCACGUUGCAGAAAAAAAAACAGUUUUACGGUUGUGAUUCAAGUGUUUGCAGUUUGGAAAUAUUUACAAUUUAAUUUUGAUUAAGAUUGAAGUGAAUGAAGAGGAGGAGAAAUAAACAGAAUCAAAAAACAAACAGAUAAAUACAGAAAAACUUCAAAAAAAAGACAAAAAAAGUCGAAGAAGAAGAAGAAAAAGACAAAUUUCAGAAAAAAACGAAGAAGAUUGCAUUGACUCUAAGUGUGUAUUAGAGCAAAAAACUUUAAUAAUUGAAAAAAAAAUAACACAAAUCAAAGAAUUAAACCGAUAUUGAAGGACAAUUUUGCGGUUACAAAAAGCCAAAUUUCUAAAGAAACUUUAUCGUAAAAAAUUGCCAAAUUCCAAUUGUGUUUGUGUGCUGUGUAAAAAAUUUGUGAAUUUCCCAUGGAUACGGCUUGGCGUUUUCGUUUGGUGUUGAUCAUGACAUUUGCAAUCAUCAUAUUUGGUGACAUGUUGGGCUAUGCCAAUGUCAAAGGCGACAAAGACUCCAAUGGAAACCACCAACGCAACGUUGGCACCACGCUCAAAAAGGCCCAUCACAAUCACCAUAGCCCUCAUCCGAAUAUUGAAGAUUCACCGUCAACAAAAGACAUCGAAGAUUUUAUAUCGAAAAAAUCGAACAGUAACACCAAAUUGCUGCAAAUCGAUUUAAAGGACAAAAUUACAUUGGCCAAUAAUAUGCGUGAAGCAUGCUUACCGAAGUUGCUGUGCGAAAUUGCCGCCAAACCAUCAAAUGUCAUCACAGAAAAAGAACAAAACCUGCUCGAUUUGAUUAGAUCGACGACACUGUCGUUUGUUUGGCAGUAUUCAACGCCGACCAAAUGGCAUUUCGCCGCACACAUGGGACAAUUGAUGCGUGACACAAUCGAUUCGUUUGGUCGAGCAACGGGUUGCUCGGAACUAUGGCCACAAUGCCCAUUUAAUUCAGCCACACUGCUACAACUCAACAAAAAAGAUGCCGGCAGCCUAUCUGGAUACUAAAUGAAAAAUCUUCUACUGGACUUCGUCCGAAUGAACAACCCCUUUAAGCCUGCGAUGACACGACUCAAUAUGUUUAAAAAAUAUAUGAAAGAAAAACAAAUUGUGAUAAAACCAUGAACUCUCGAUCAAAAUUUAUUUACAACGAACGUUACUCACAUUCUCAGAGCACACGCAUGACUUUUUGAUGAUUCGCUGUGAAUUUGCUCGAAUUUUGGGAAUUGUAGAGAAUUUUAGGGAAAAACACACUUUGUAUUCCAUUGAAAUAUUAUGAUGAGUUUAAGUAGGUGAAAAAUGUAGAAAUUAGAAAAGGAAGAGGAGGAGGAGGAGGAGGAGAAGAAGAAAAAGAAGGACUCAAGGGGCGAUUCACGAGCGCUUUCGAGUUCGAGUUUUUGCAAGUUUUUGCGAGUUUUUGAGUUUCAUAUUUAAAAUGUAAAAUGGAUUUAGGAAAUUAUUUUACAUUCUGCAGUUGAUUUGCUUGUGUAUAUCGUUUCGUUAAUAUUUUAAAUCAGUUGUGAAUGCUUACAAAAUCAUAUUCAUGUGUUUUUUUUAAGUAAAAUUCAACUUUUCGGGCAUUAUUCGGUUUGCCCGAGUUUUGCGAGUGCGAGCGUUCGUGAAUCUCCCCAUGGAAGGACCCAUAAAAAAAAUGUAGACUGCUGCUAGAUUUUGCCAGCAACUUGAUCUAGACCUGGUCUACAGUCAAGUCUGCACCACUUUUCGGUGCGAAAUGACCUGUAGACCAAGUCUACGUGGUCAAAGCUGCCGCCCAAUUUUUCCGCUCAUCAUAGGAAAUCAAUAAACGAAUUUGGUCUAGACCAUAGUCUAAGCUCGGCAAAAUACAGCUGUAGACUUGGUCUAAAUUUUUUCAUGGGGAAAAGGAGAAGAAAGUGAAGAAAAAGUUUGAAUUGAUGAAAAUUGGUGAAAAAAUGAAGAAAUAAUGAAAAAAAUGGAGAAAAAAAAAUCAAAAAAGAAGAAAAUGUAGAAGCAACCGGAAAACUUUGUUUUGAAAUAAGGAAGUUUGAAGAAAAGUCAACCAGGUUCAAGGUUUUAAAGAAGAAUAAACUCUGUAAUUUAUUCCAAAAGUGUAGCAAAAAUGACAUAGCACUCUAGAUUCGAAUGCGAUGCAAAUGUGUGUGUAGGCGAUAGAAUGUUGUACGAAUCGAAAUUAUCUCAUAUAAAAAAUGUCAAUUUAUCCUUCCGGUUUUUUAUUUGUUGUCUUUAUUCUAAGUAAUUUUUGUUAUUGUUCUAGAAUUUAAUGCUAAGCGGCCACAAACCUAUACCAUGUAAACUUAAUAUUUUAUUAUUUAUGAAUGCAAAUGAUACAACGAUAAUUGAGUCAGUUGUGUGUGAAUGUGAGUAGAAAUAAUUGUCGAUGGAGCGGGACAACUGAAACAAAAGAAGAAGAAAAACGCAAAUGUAACUUCGGAUUGAAUGUAAUGAGCAAUUCAUAAAUCUAGUCCCUUCACGUUCAAUGAUGAAUUUAGCGCAAGAAAAUGGAAAUGUUAGCCGAAUUUCCGAAUUAGAUGAUUAAAUUGUUUUUUUGGAAUAGAUAUUUAGAGAUGAGAAAAACUGUUGUAAAUUUUCCUCUGAAUAUUAUGUAUAAAAAAUGAUGCAAAUAAAACAUUUGAAAUGAACACUUCUGACAAUUGAA